GCAAUCAGCAAGUAGCCACCGGGCAUAGUAUGAGUCUCUGUCUCCCUUGUUCUCUCGCGAUCUGCAGCUCAGUCAGGGGUCAACAAAGGGGGAAAGGGCAGUCACAAGUGGAGCGCAGUCAUGGUCGUGUAGCAGAGACGGGGCAUGGACAUGGAGCAGGCACAGAGUAGACAUAUAGACAGAGUAUGCUGAGUAUGCUCACUGUCACCCAGGCAGAGAGAAGGAAGGCGACAUAGAUGGGAAGUAGACAGUCACAAUAGAUGGCAGCAUACUCUAUUAGUACUAUCCAUCCUCUUCCUUCUCUAUCUGCCUCUGCCUCUGCCUCUACACAGGCACUCACAGCAAGAGCAAGCCCAAUCUAUGUAUUCCUGUCAAUUGCACAAAGCAAGACGCGACACAGCAGCAGCACAGACACACAGACGCACAACCACACGCGCUCAUCCAUACAGAGCAAGCAGCCCAGCGAUUCACAGACUCGGCACUCUGAGGCUGCAUGGAUGUUCAAUCCAGACACAUGGGAUCUCACAGGCGAACGCGAGCUCUGCGAUGCUGCCUCCGAUACCUCUGCUGAACCAUCCCACCAAGCUGCUCCUCGCGCGCCUAUGAGCCUUGGCAGCAUGGACGAUGCCUAUAACGACGCAGACGAACAAAAUGAGUCUCUCUCGGGUGACGAGGAUACCAACUAUAAGAGCGUGCAAGAAGAGAGUCACACAGCCGCGAUACAUGAUCCAGCACCUUCUGCCAUCACCCAUGCAACACCUUCCACCACAGACCUAGCGCCUGACGACACGCCCAAACCAGUCCUCCUCAAGAUAUCCUUCAAGCAAAGCGACGCAAAACACAACAAUGACAUAUCAAACAAUAAGCUCGAAGACGACGCAACCUACGCCGCACGAUCCUGGGAAACGACCAACUUCACCAUCCCCUUCCUACUAGCACUGCGUACAUGCUUUUCUGAGAAAUUCACCGAUGUACCGGAUCUAGGACCUCAAGAUAUUGAAGAAGGCGUCGUUGCUGAGCCACCCUCUGCAGAUGUUCAAAUCUUCAUGUGUCGCUUACUGACACUCGCUGCGAAUCGUUCAAAGACCGUGGAUUACCCGCAAUACAAUCGACCGCUUGCUGAAGUCGUCGAUCGACUCGCACCAACACGCGGUGAUCCCGCCUGGCAUGGACAAAAUCCAAUGCCACAAGGUAAAAAGUUUGUGGAACUCGAGUGGCAAGAUCGAUUGCGAUUACUGCAUUGUCUGGGUGAAUGGGCAUUGCAAGAAUCAAAAUACUGUCGAGACUUGAUAGAAACGCAUUAUGCCCGAAAGAAUCGCCCGAAUCCACUGGCAUUCACAGCAGUGGGGACGGAUGACUGGAAACACAGCUACUUCCUCUUCAAAGGUGUCGAUACACCCUUUCGGCUAUUCAUUCAAACAGAUCCUGCACGAACGCCUUGUCGGUGGUAUGCGAUUGCAAGUUCCAUGGAAGAGCUAAGAAUACUCGUCGAUGAUCUUCGCGCAACAGCCUGCUUCACACAACGUGGCAAACAACUGCUUCAACAACUCGACGGCGUCGUCGUUCCAGAAUGUGAACGGAGUUGUGCGGUGCGUGCGAAAUUGUUACAUAACAAGGAACGUGCAUUGCGUGAACGCUAUCGGAAACAAGCUGUUGCUCAACGUUUACAAGCGCAGCAUGGUGAUCGUGAGGCGAUGAGUCGGACGCGUGGUAAACCGAGGGUGGAUUACAAUUCCAUGCUAGAAGGUGGUGGUGGACGGCAAGAUGAGGAGGAAGAGGAGGAACUUGAGGAUGGUGGCGAUGAGCCACAGCGAUCGUUCAGUGGACGAUUAUUGAAGCGGAAACGUGAGGAGUUGCCCAUGGAGAUCGCUGGGACACCCUCGAAACAAUCGACUGAGCGGAGUUUCGGACCAGGUGAGGUAGUGGACGGUGGGUAUCUCGGUGGUUACGACUUUGAUGUUCGAUCGCCUGAACAGAUAGCUGCAGAGGAAGCAGCAAGAGAGCGACUCAAACUCAAGAUGCCUUUUAAGCGCUGGAGCGAGAUUCUCACAAAACAGCAACAAAAGCGUAAGAAGAAGCAAGAGGAGCGUGAACGACUCGGACUCCUCAAGCCAAAAGCAACACGAGCAAAGUCAAGUCCACGCACUUCGCUUGUGCCUGCUGAACCGGCUGCACCACCCAUCCCAGAAGGUCCACCGUCACAACAUGUCCUAGUGAUUGGCUCAACGGGCGUUGAUCUGAGCCAUGCAGCACUCUCAGCAACCGUCCUCCAAACUGCUGCUCAACACUGUCAAAAUGCCACAGGUCUUGAUAUUUGGCUUCAUCUACCACCCGCCAUCGUCGCCAAUCCUCGAGGAUUCUUUGGGAGAUUACAAGGCAUGCUCGCACAGCUAUACCUGGCUGCAGGACAAGCACUCGCCAUGCACGCAGUAGACUCACAAACGUGUCCCGUCACGGUGAUUAUUGCCGGUUGGGCAGGCUAUGAUUUGGCAACAGAACAUAUUGAGUGGCUCUAUGCGUGUUGUCGUGAAGAAGAUCGUGGUCACAUGGCGCGCUUUGCAACAAAAUCAAGACAUAAGCUGCAGUAUGUGCAACUUCUAAUGGAUCCGGCACAGGCUAGUCUGUCGAUGCCACAGACACCUGGCCAUAAUUCACAAAUGUCGGCAAAAGCAACACCUGGCGGGAGUUAUAUGGGUCCUUUACCACCGCAAAUGAGUAGUUUUGCAGGCGUUGCAGUGCAUGGUACCUUUGACCACCUUCACCAAGGCCACAAGAUUCUUCUUACCUGUGCAGCGAUAUUAUCCACACAAACUGUUUAUCUCGGUUUACUGGAUGAUGCACCUGCUCAACAACGCGCAGCACCGCAUGGACAACUCGUUCAACCACUCGCUGAGCGAAUCCAUCACGUAGCGCACUUUCUAUCGCGCAUUCGACGACGUGUCUCAGUACAGGUGUCAUCACUCCCCGAACAAGACUUGCUCGGUCCUGUUGCUUCAGAACUCGCUGUUCAAGCAUUGGUGGUGAGUAAAGAGACUGAAGCGUUGUGUGGCACCGUUGCUGGUUGGCGCAUUGCACAUAGUUUGCCACUCUUGUCAAAUUAUGUGACGGAUGUUGUUGGUGAGGCGGAGAUAUGUGUGCAGGCUGGUGCUGCUGCUGAACAGGUCGAUUGGGUGAGUGUCAAGGAGAAGAAGGUGUCGUCGAGUAAAAUCAGGGAGAGGUGGGCACAGCAGGGUCGAACACUGCAAGAGGCUGCCAAACACGAAGAUGCAUCUCAGGGUGGUCAUGGCGCCGGAGGGGUUGUUGUGCAACAACCAAGUCUGGCUAUGAAAGCAGAAACAAGCGCAUUUGUGCCUUCCUUUCAGCGCAUUAGCCAGGAUGUGCUCAUGAAUGAUGCAUAGGGUAUGGCGACUGGGCUUGCUUGUGUAUACUUCUUCAGAUGGACACUUUUGCCACAGUUAUACUGCUGCCUGUGUGGCAUUGAAGAGACAGACUGUGUACACAGCUAUCGUACUGCAAAUCAUCUGUCUGAA